AGUGACAGGGAGGUCCGGAACUCUGCGCCCGCGCGUGAGGUGGAGAGGGCCUCGGUGACGGUUGAGCGCGUGCGCCGAGUGGCUGGCCGAGACCACGCGCAUGCGCGGAGCGGCGGUGCCGCAGAGUCGGGGAUCGAGCCCAGCGAUCGGAGAGGAGGAGGAGGAGGAGGACAGCCAUGAUCCCCAACCAGCAGACCGGCCGCUCGCGCGUCUCCAACGCGGGCUCCAUCCUGCUCACCCCGCACGAGAACGACUGUCUCUUCCAGUGCCUGGGAAGGAAAUGCGUGACUUUAGCAUCAGCCGUCGUGCAAGUAUUUGCAUCGGAGCGUUUUCACUGGACAAAGAAAUGUUGUGGUGUGGCCUGCCUCAUCAAAGACAAUCCACAAAGGUCUUAUUUCAUCCGAGUUUACGACAUAAAGGAUGGGAGACUAAUGUGGGAGCAGGAAAUCUACAACAAUUUUAAUUAUUAUCAAGCCAGGACGUACUUUCACACAUUUGUUGGUGAUACCUGUCAAAUUGGACUGAAUUUUGCAAGUGAGGAAGAAGCAAAAAGAUACAGAUUUGCAGUGAAUGACAUAAUUGGCAGACGCCAAAGGAGAACAGAGAAAAGACGAGAGCCAGCACCACUAAAUGGGCCUUCUCUUCCUAUGGCUACAGUUGACAUCAAGAAUCCAGAAAUUACCAAUUCUCGAUACAGUACAGGGCCCAACAAUAUUAUGCAUGUGAAAGAUAAGAAGAAAGUAAAAGGUAAAAAGAAGAAAUUGACGAAGGCAGAUAUUGGAACACCAAGUAACUUCCAGCAUAUAGGACAUGUUGGCUGGGAUCCAAACACAGGUUUUGAUCUGAAUAACCUGGAUCCUGAACUGAAGAAUCUAUUUGACUUGUGUGGGAUUUCUGAAUCCCAACUGAAGGACAAAGAGACGUCCAAAAUCAUAUAUGACUUCAUUGAGAAGAAAGGGGGAGUUGAAGCUGUGAAGAAUGAGUUGCGCAGGCAAGCUCCUCCACCACCUCCACCAUCCAGAGGAGGUCUCCCCCCACCCCCACCCCCACACAGCUCAGGACCCCCUCCUCCCCCACUCCCUCCCGCUCGGGGCCGAGGAGUCCCUCCCCCUCCCCCUCCACCCCCUUCAAGAGCUCCUUCAGCAGCCCCAAUAGCAGCCCCCCCACCUCCGCCACCUUCCAGAUCAGUAGUGGGCGCCCCUCCACCACCUCCGCCCCCAAGCAGAACGUACACCCCACAUCCACCCCCCCCAAUGCACUCGGUUGCUGCUCCGUCAGGCCCUCCACUACCCCCUCCUCCCCCACCGCCUGCAGUUGGUGGUCCCGGAGCCCUGGCCCCCCCACCCCCACCUCCCCCACCUCCACCUCCUGGUCCACCUCCAUUCCUGGCACCAGCAAUGACAUUGAACAACAAUGAAAUUCCUUCGCCGACCGGGGGAACGGGGGCCCUUUUGGAUCAGAUCCGGGAAGGGACUCAUUUAAAGAAAGUGGACCAAAGCAGCCGGCCUGUGUCUUCCUCGGGAAGGGAUGCAUUAUUAGACCAAAUACGGCAGGGUUUUCAGCUAAAGACUGUAAAUGAGCAGGAUUCAUCUUCACAAGCACCUGCUUCGACAGCUGGGAUUGUAGGCGCCCUGAUGGAGGUGAUGCAGAAAAGGAGUAAAGCCAUUCACUGUUCAGAUGAUGAUGAGGAGGACGAUGAAGAGGAAGACUCUGAUGAUGAUGAUGAAUGGGAAGAUUAGAGUUUCUCCGUAAAUUUGCCCCAUCUCUCUUGACUCCUGUAAAAAUAAGUCCUGUAAAUGCUCGGCUGAUUCCGCUGUAUAUUUUUGUUGCCUUCUACUUUUUUUAAUUAAUCUGUGCAAUAUGAUUAAUUGGGGGGGGGCGGGAUUUGACUAAGCAUUGUCUGUGAAGCUACUCCCUAUGCAGAAUUUGGUUUGAAAAAAAAGCAGACAAAAAGGAUUAAAAACAAAUGGUUACUACAUUGCGAAAUCAGGGGCAGGGACUGCGAGACAAUAAAAAUGACAUGCACAUUAAUUCUGACUGUUUAAAAAAAGCCAGGCAAAGUAACACUAUUUUUUUGAAAAUCAAUCAUUCUGUACCUAAGAAAUAACACUUGUUAAAAACUUUAGCUUUAGCACUAUACAAUUUUUUUAAUGCAGCUCUUAAGAUACUCUGUCCAUUCACCUGCUUAAUUGGCAAAGAAGCUAUGGAGAGAAUUUGCACAGUUCUUAAAUCUUUCACAACAAGAAUGCCCAGAAACUGCUUUGCGGAUAUUCCCAUUUGAGUCUCAGUACACUCACUCAGCAACAACCUUAUCUUCGGUGGUACACUACAGAGAAGCAAUAACUCACAAUUAUUUGUUACCAGUGUCUUAUACUGCAUUCAGCAUCACUACAUCACAACUGCUCCACUCACUGAAAUCUCCUCACCUGUGGUGUCCAUUGCAUUGCACCCCUGGCUGCUCCAAUAUAUACUGAAGACGAGGUUGUUUGUUACAAAUAGGAAUCUGAGUCCCUAUAUUAGAACUAUAAACCGAAACUUUGGGGGUCAAAGGUAAUUUUAACCCUCAUUGCAAGCAUUUGUUCCAUUUAAGAGUUCCUAUUUAUUCAACAGUGUAAAAGAUCAAUGGGAAAUGGCCCAAUAUUGCAGUUGGAGGCUGCAAUUUGGAAUCUGGGUUUGUUGAUCUGUGCUUUAAACUUCUUCAGCCUGUACUGUUGGGAACCGUUGGCCUGGGGUUUGUAUCUAGUCCGGCAGCGGAUCUUGGGGGUUGAUGCCGUUCCAAUAUGGUCUUCUUGAUGUCGCGGCGUCAGAAUUCAGCACCGAACUCCAAGACAUGUUCGCAAAUAUGGAAUGGAACUUAUUAGCUAAAAUGUACUCCUGAAUAAAUGUUCAAAAUUAACCAAAA